AUGGCGCUACUUGCCCAUCCCACACCAGGAGGAUCUGGAGAGAGAGCCCCUGAGGAUUAUGCUUCUCGGAAAGAGUGGGGCCGGCAAGAGCUCAAGUGGGAACACCAUCCUUGGAAGAAGCCCCUGAGGAUUAUGCUUCUCGGAAAGAGUGGGGCCGGCAAAAGCUCAAGUGGGAACACCAUCCUUGGAAGAGUUGAGUUUAAAUCAGACAUGAGGGUAGUGAGAGCCACUCAACACUGUAAGAAAAGCGAGGGGAUGGUGAAAGAUGUGCCUGUAGAUGAGAAUGCUAAAGAAGAUGUUCCUGUCAUUGUCAUCGACACACCCGGCUUUUUUGAGCCUGAUCGUAAGGAUCAAAUCGUUCGAGACAUACUCAAGCGUGUCAAACUCACAGAGCCAGGACCUCACGCCUUCGUGUUUGUAGUCCCUGUUGGACGGAUGACCCAGGAAGAUCAAGACACCCAGACGCUGAUCGAGUCAAAGUUUGGCCCAAAAGUUUGGGAUCACACCAUUGUGCUGUUCACCCAUGGUGAUCGCUUGAAAGGAAAAACAAUCAACUCUGUGGUUUCUGAGAGCGACGAGGCCUUCCGCGACUUCAUACGCAAGUGUAGCGGCGGCUUCCACGUCUUCAACAACAAAGACGAACAAGACCAGACUCAGGUGACGAAGCUCAUAGAGAAGAUCCAGACCAUGGUGGCCCUGAAUGGAAACAACUAUUACAGCACAAAAAUGUAUCCUGAAGAGGAGAGGAAGAUCAGGGAAAAGCAGGAGAGCAUCCUGACAGAGAGAGAUGCUGAGAUCAGGCAUGAGGAGAGACGGCUGGAGGAGCAACACAGGGAGAAUGAGCUGGAGGAGGGGAAGUAUGGGCUGUGGAUGAGAGAAGAAGAAGAAGCAAGGAAGGCUGCGGAAAAGGAGACUCAGAAGAAACAUGUCAAGCAGAAGAUUGUGAAAGUAAUAGCAGUAGCAGGCCUACCCAUAAUAGUGGUGGUAACUGCAAUGUUACUGCGCCGUUACCGCCACAGCUAAGCAACGAACCUGAAUGUGGAACUGCCUGAACCUGCUGUUUCUUAAGUGGCCACUGAACGUCUGCUUUAACAGUCACUUCGUUAGGCACGUUGUUAGAAAUAGCUUAAGCACAUCUAAUAUUAAAAAAAGUGCAGUUCAGUGCUCCACAGCUAAGUGGAAAAAUGUCCCCAGUGUCAACUGUCUUCUUGACGCUCACAGACUUCUCAGUGAAUAUAGUUAAACUUUUGGAGGACUACAGCCCUCAUCAGUGUCAGUUCCCCCUCUUGCAGACCACUACUGUGGGAUGCUGCCUCUGUCUAGACAGAAGUGACAGAUGUUUAAUUAAUUAACUUUUUUCAUGUACAUCUGGCAGUUACCUCCAUGAAACAACACAUGGUAAACAUCACACACUGAGCAACACUUCAUCAUUAACACAGAAAAAAUGUCAGAUUUUGAACCCUUUGACCUUUUUAAAAAACUUAUUUUAGAGGUAGUUAUGCAAAGUUGUUCACCUAAGCUUUGUUAGCUUUGGCUGUUAGCUUUGUGCUAGUUAUGUAGCUUCGAUAGCUUUAGCCUUAGCAAUGCUAGCUAUGAUAGUGUUCUAAUGGAGGACUCUUUUUUUUCAAAUAUUGAAAUUUUAUUUUGAAAUUUUUUGUUAGUGUGUAUUUCUGUAUCGACUGAUGCAGCGUCUCACAGUAGUGCUCUACAGACUAUCAGACAGCCAGACUAUCUUGUUUCAUUUAAGCAAUUAAAAACAGGUUGCUGUGUGGUUGCUUGCUUUUCCUGACCUGAUUGUUUUCUUUGUUCAAGCAUUGAUUCAUUUGUGGUGCUAUGCAUGAGAGUCAGGAUUGUUGUUAGCUUUUCCCAUUAACUAUAAUGGCAGCCUCUUGUGUUGUGUAGAUUAAAUACUUAAAGGUAAAAUAUGUAGGAUAUUUGCACUACAAUGCUCAAAUUUAUUAGAACAUGACUUCUGCUAUGUUAUAUGCAGCAAUGUGCGUAGGUUUUAGACAUGUUGCACUCAGGAUUCACCUACUUGUGUUGCUCAGCAGCCAAGGUCAAGCUCGAUAACAUCCCUUUUGUCUGGGCCUGUUCACACCUUGGAAUACACCUAGAGACCGCCAGCAGUUUUCAGUCCCUUGGGACCUCAACGGCAUGACUAGGACCAGGACUUUGUUAUUUUUCAAUAGAUUAUUUUCCCAUGCCCCUGGCAAUAUGCAAGAACAUCCAGAGUAUGACCAGGAUUGUGUCAGUCCUCUUUUCUGCCCAAUGAUGCCCUCGUGCCACGUAUAUGCCUCACUUCAGCCUCAAAAUUAGGCCCCAAAAUACCUUAAAAAUCUGCACAGUACUGCAUAUGUUUUUGUUGAGCUCUUACAUUGUGCUAAGUAUUUGCAGCCGUUUCUAAAGUUAGAGAAAUUCUUCAUUUUUAUAGUUGUAAUAGGACAUGCCCUGUUCUGGUGGUUGUUAUCUACCUUGAUAGACAUGAUUUGUUUGUUUAAAUAGUAUAGACUGCUACAUAACAAAGUGAGAACAGCUGUCUUUCUGAAACUGUCUUUCUGUUGCUGUAUCUCAAUCACAUUUUUGCUGUUACUUGAGAUCGACCACGUUUUUUCUCUUCUGUCAGUUGUUAGCAGGGGUGUCAAGUUACUAAGUACAAAUACUUCGUUACCUUACUUUAGUAGAAAUUUUGGGUAUCUAUACUUUACUGGAGUAAUUAUU